AUGCCUACGUUGAAUCAAUUGAUUCGUCAUGGUAGAGAAGAAAAACGGCGCACGGACCGUACUCGAGCUUUGGAUAAAUGUCCCCAGAAGCUAGGAGCAUGCCCGCGUGUUUCAACGAGAACACCGAAAAAACCGAAUUCCGCUCCACGUAAGAUAGCCAAAGUACGGUUGAGCAAUCGACAUGAUAUAUUUGCUCACAUUCCGGGCGAAGGUCAUAAUUCGCAGGAACAUUCGCAGGUGUUAAUAAGAGGAGGUAGAGUGAAAGAUUCGCCAGGUGUAAAAUCCCAUUGUAUUCGAGGAGUAAAGGAUUUGAUGGGAAUUCCGGGUCGAAGAAGCGGCAGAUCCAAAUAUGGUGCAGAAAAACCCAAAUCGAUAUGA